CAGACCAAUAGCGAACUACCGAUCUACUGUAUUUCCUGAAACGUCACAAGUCGCGUGAAUCUUGUUGCCUAACCCUACUACAUCUUAAGUAUUUUUGCGAGUUGAUACAAACAAACAAUACAAAAUGCAAGCACUGAGAAACCGAUUCCGUUCGUGGUCAUCAGAUGUCACACUCGACAACAAAACUGUUAUAAUAACUGGAGCCAAUACUGGAAUUGGCAAACACGCUGCCACAGACUUGGCGAAAAGAGGUGCUCGGAUCAUCAUGGCCUGCAGGGAUAUGGAGAAAGCCAAUGAAGCCUUGAAGGAAGUUAUUGAAGCUUCAGGAAACCAGAAUGUUGUUACCUGUAGACUUGACCUGGCAGAUACCAAAUCCAUCAGGGAAUUUGCAGAGAAGAUAAAUACUGAGGAGAAACAAGUCAACAUCCUUAUCAAUAAUGCAGGGGUGAUGGUUUGUCCUUAUGGGAAAACCGCUGAUGGUUUCGAAAUGCAGAUUGGGGUGAACCACAUGGGUCACUUUUUGUUGACAUACCUUUUAUUGGAUCUGAUAAAAAGCUCAGCACCCGCCAGGAUCAUCACUGUAUCGUCCAUGGCACAUAAAUGGGGGACCAUCAACCUGGAGGACAUCAACAGUGAGAAGAGCUAUGAUAAACGAAAAGCUUACAGUCAGAGCAAGCUGGCCAACAUUCUGUUCACUCGCUCAUUGGCCAAAAGACUAGAAGGCACUGGAGUGACGACGUAUGCUCUCCACCCCGGGGUGGUGCAGACUGAUCUGUGGAGGCACUUGAGUAAACCUGAACAAGCUGUUAUGUGGAUGGCUCGACCCUUCACUAAAACAUCCGUGCAAGGAGCUCAGACUACCAUCUACUGUGCCGUGGAACCUGAACUGGACACAGAAAGCGGCAGAUAUUACAGUGACUGCGCACCUGCAAACUGCUGUCAAGCUGCACUGGAUGAUGAUAUGGCCCAGCGCCUCUGGGAACUCAGCUGUAAGAUGCUCAGUAUCGAAUGGGAGUAAAAACUAACAUCAGUUACUAUUGAGGGUAUUAUUCGAGUCUGCCUAUGGGGGGCUUGAACAAAUAUUGAACAAACUAAAAAUUAUUGAAAAUUUUAUUUAAAAUUAUAUAUUGGACUUUAUAAAUUAUAAAAUAUAAAAAUAUUUUAAACGGGUGUUGGUUUUGGCUUGCUUAACAUUUUUUAUUUUUAUAUUAUACUUCUAAAGUAUUAUGUUUUGUAAAUGUCAAACUCAGGUAAUUAAAAAUGCAAUGUAAGUAUGUUAAUAUUAAUGAAAUGUUGAAUUUGUAUUAAUAAUUUGUAAUAAUAAAGGUGUGGUGUGACCUAAUAAAGCAUUUAUAUAAUU